AUGGUCCUCGACGAUGGCUCUCCGCAGGCAGGGCGCUAUUCUGAGAAUAAUGUCUCAGCCAGCUCUCCAGCCCAACAAUCCAUGGCCGCAAACCCCGCAAUGGCUCGCAACUUCCACCUGCGAGUCAAACCGGAGCUAGUCGUGCGGCCCGAUCUUUUCACGAUGGUUUUUGGAUUUCUAGGGCCCUCGAACUGGGCGCGCAAUGUUGCAUACACAAUGAUGGAGCGUGUGGAGAACUCCUGGCUUCUGACGGGCCGCGCUAUCACGCAGGAUGAGCUGGACGCCUUCACCACCCACUCGACGCGAACCCUAUACUAUCGGCGAUUGGGCGUACCUAUCUCGUCCUUCAUCGGAACAGCAUAUCUGUACAACAAAUUUCGCAAGGAUGCAGGUUUGCCGUCAAACGCCAGUCCCCGGGCUGUUUUUACAUUCCUCCGCAAAUACGCGUCCGUCGAUAAGGCUGGUUUCCGGUCCAUGAUCGCUUCGUCUGCCUUCAAGAUGCUCUUUAUAACAACCGCCGGUGCAAUUGGCUCCGGCUUCGCCGCUCUCUACUCAGAGACCAAAAGCGUGAUUUCGGAUCCCCGGCUGAAGAACUUUGUGGAGGAUAUGCGGGGGCAAAAGCCUGAGGAAGUACGACAACGCAAGCUCCAGGCUGCGAGCGAACGUAUCCGUCGCAUGCGUGGCGGUGAGAAGGAUAUUGAGGGUUACAUUUUCGACGAACUGAAAGCUCCUGGUUCUCACCCGGAGCAGAAUGACCAGGACCAAUAUGCCAAUGAUAAUUCUGCAUCCGAAACUGCGUCCCCCGGCAACGAUAUGAAAUACAACACUUCUCAAGAUGUUCAGCAGCGCCCCAUGCCCGAAGCCCCACGCCGGUCGUGGGGUUACGGUGGCGGGGCCGGAACACAACAGGGGGGAACCGACGAGUCUUCUGCUGACCCUGAUUUCUUUUUCGGCGGAAAGAAUGACGAUGCCAGCCCCACGGCCCCGGAGUACCGGAAUACCAAUCCCGAUGGUUCGCCCAUUGGAAGUGCCUGGGAACGUCUCCGGCGACAAAAUGGUGGACAGAGUUCCCAGGCCGCUGCUCCCCGGCAACCUCGGCCGCAAUGGGGCCAGCAGCAGGACUCCCCAAACUCACCGACUUACACUCCUUCUGGCGACCGGGACCAAUUCGACUAUGAUAGAAGUCGCGAGAAGGAGCAGGCACAGGCCGACUUCGACCGGAUGAUGGAUGCCGAGAGGAAUAUUCCCAACGACCAAUCGUCUCAGAACCGGGGCUGGUGA